GGCGCCCUUGCUUCGUGCCCUCAACCCGCAUGGCGGAGCGGCGGCGGCGGGCCGGGCGGGUCCGGCGCGCGCGCUGAGCCGUCGGGGCGGGGCCGGCCGCGCGGCCGAGCGUCUGCCCUCAGUGAGGCGGGGCGCGCGGCGGACGCCCCCGAGCCGGGCCGGGAGGGGGGUGCGGAGAGCGGCCGGGCUCUGGCCUCCCGGGCCGCUUCGGGGGCAGGCGCCGGGCGCGGCGGCGGCCCUCGGGCCGGCUGGUGAGGCGAUGGCGGCGCCGGCGCCGGGGGCUGGGGCCGCGUCGGGGGGCGCGGGCGGCGGCGGCGGCGGCGGCGCGGGCGGCGGGGCGCCGGGCGCGGGGGGCCGGCUGCCCAGCCGCGUGCUGGAGUUGGUCUUCUCCUACCUGGAGCUGUCGGAGCUGCGGAGCUGCGCGCUGGUGUGCAAGCACUGGUACCGCUGCCUGCACGGCGACGAGAACAGCGAGGUGUGGCGGAGCCUGUGCGCCCGCAGCCUGGCCGAGGAGGCGCUCCGCACGGACAUCCUCUGCAACCUGCCCAGCUACAAGGCCAAGGUACGCGCUUUCCAACAUGCCUUCAGCACUAAUGACUGCUCCAGGAAUGUCUACAUUAAGAAGAAUGGCUUUACUUUACAUCGAAACCCCAUCGCUCAGAGCACUGAUGGUGCAAGGACCAAGAUUGGUUUCAGUGAGGGCCGCCAUGCUUGGGAAGUGUGGUGGGAGGGCCCUCUGGGUACUGUGGCUGUGAUUGGAAUUGCCACAAAGCGGGCCCCCAUGCAGUGCCAAGGUUAUGUGGCAUUGCUCGGCAGUGAUGACCAGAGCUGGGGCUGGAAUCUGGUGGACAAUAAUCUACUACAUAAUGGAGAAGUCAAUGGAAGUUUUCCACAGUGUAACAAUGCACCAAAAUACCAGAUAGGAGAAAGAAUUCGAGUCAUCUUGGACAUGGAAGAUAAGACUUUAGCUUUUGAACGUGGAUAUGAGUUCCUGGGGGUUGCCUUUAGAGGACUUCCAAAGGCCUGCUUAUAUCCAGCAGUUUCUGCUGUAUAUGGCAAUACAGAAGUGACUCUGGUGUAUCUUGGAAAACCUUUGGAUGGAUGACAGUGGCUUUUUUGGGACAGAAGACAAAGUGGAGGAGAUAAUGCUUAUGGAAAACAGAAUCAUGAAGUGACAGUGUCAUACAUGCAUGCCCAAGAAACAUCCUGAAAAACACAUGAAAUCGUUAACUGGAGAAGCAACUCUACAGCAGAGAUUAACUUAGCGUUUCCUCUUUCUACUGGGCCAGAAAAAUCCUCAGGGUUGCAGUUGGUUGAGUGGGCAGUUGACAUAUGCAUGUUGCAACAGAUUUUUGUCUCCAAGUUAGCAAUGUGUUAUUUCCAACUUUUAAGGUGAGGUUUUAGAGAGCUAUAAAGAGGUAAGAUAAGGAAGUAGCAAGGCUUUCAAGUAGUGUGUUUGUGAAGAAAGACUGAUCCUGUUUCACAACUGCCUGUUUUUUCUCCAGACCCUUUCCCCAGCCAGCUUGACUAUUAGAAAAGUAUGAAACUGGUUGGGUUUUAUUUAAUUUUUUUUUAACAUAUUGAGAAGCAUGGUCUGCCUGGACUGCACUUCUCUAAGAGUGAGAUGUAAAAUUGUGCAGCUAUUUUAAAAGUUGUAUAUAUAUAUUAUGUGUGUAAAAAAAACUGUUUUAAAAAAAGGGACAGGGGUUGCUUUGUUCUAGUUCAACUUCUUAAAAUCACUACAUGGUACAAAAAAUUUGAGUAACAUUUAAGGACGAUUGGAUAACUAAUGAAGAGGAUUUCAGAACAGAUUGUUAUAUUGGCUCUUUUUGUAUUGUGUUUGACUUAUAGUUCUCAUAGCUGUUACAAAUCUGAAUUUUUCUUUUAACUACCAAAAUUAUUUGAAAGAUCCCUCAAGAUCCUGGCUAAGAUUGAGGGAAGGCAAAUUUAUUUCUAUCAAAUACAUAGCUGGUAAGAAUAAUAACAGUAAUAAUGUAAAUCUUGUAUCUGUUUUUUUGGUUUUUUUUUUUUUGGCUUUUGAGAAAGUUUUCUGGCAACAUUGAAGUUUACUCGAAUAGGCCUCAAAUACGGAAACUGUUAAUCACAGACCUUAGGGAAAGAAUUGAUAAUGGUCCUUUUAUUUUUAACUUUAUAAUGCUGUAGAUAUUAUAUAUUUUUUAAUUUCAUAUUGUUUACAUCAUGCAACAAUCUAAGCCUCAAACUCUUGGUUGGGAUAAUAAAAUGUUUACUCACUUCAAAAAGCAUGCCAGCCUGAACCUAGGUUAAAAAAUGUUCUUAAUCUCAUUAUAGAUAAUUGCCCCCAUGGGACUUGAUAUAAAACACCUUAUGUUGAGAACUUCAGGCUGGUCGUAUUUUUGAAGACUUCAUUUUAGAAGAGCCUAACAUUAAUUCCUCUUCUGAAAUUUUGACUAAUCUUGAUUUCACUAAUAACUCUCUCUAAAAUCACCCAGCAUACAUGAAUUAUGAUUUUCUUUUGUUAGAAGAGAAGCAGACUCUUUCUGUAUGAAAGUAUAAAUUGUAUGGUUUCAGAUACAACUUUGUGAUGAUAAUAGGCUAAGGCAAGUGGAAUCUUUGUACUUUUCAGGUUGUUGCUCUGUGUAUAUUUUGUUUUAAAUAUAAUAAAAUUAGGGACAACAAGCAGCUGGCUGGGAUUUGGGGAUUGCUCCUCAAGAGUUAAGACUAUCACUACUUCUGCGAGGCAGGGGAUUUCAGUCAUGAACAAUGAUUUAUUUUUGCCACCUAAAACGUUUACAAGUAUUUAUAUUUGGUAUGUUGCUUAAAGGUAAAUCUUGUUAAAGAUCCUUUUUGAUACCCAUGUCAAGAAGAUAAUCUUCUAGAAAUCAUGUUUAAUAAUAUAAGGUGAGAUUUUACGUUAAAUGUUUUGGAGACUGUAGCAACAGAAAUAAUAUAUAGGUAUAUUUUUUGGAGGGGUGUAGAACAACUCGACUUGGCAGAUUGAAAAUUGAUUAAAGGUUAACAGAGAGGUUGUUCAGGGCCUAAGUCACUUGCUUUGCUUACAGUUGACUCUGGUUCCAUCCCUGACACCACAUGGACCCCUGAGCACUCAAGUUGUGGCUAAAGCUCCCUCCACUGCCCCUCCCCCCCAAAAAAUAAAUUAAAGAAGAACUUGGACCAGAGAGAUGCUGAGUGGGCUGGAGUAUGUGCUUUGCGUGCAGGAGGCUUCCCUAGCCCCUGAGCCCUGCGGAUUGAACUUAUUUAGAAAAUCAUAAAAUCCUUUAAGUAUUUGUUUGUUUUCAGCUUGUGAUAUGGCCAAUUCCUGAAUUUCAGUCAUUUUUCUGAGCUAGUUACGUACAAGUUUUGUUUUGUCUUACCAGUAAACGUUUGUUAUAGUUAUAAAGGUGCUGAAUGGUGAACUGAAACACAUGGUUAUUAUAUAUUGAACCUAGAAUCAAAUAAUUGCCGAAGUAUCUAAUAACAACCUAUUCUUAAGUAGUUAAAUUCCCUAUUAUCCCAUUUGCAAAUUGUGUAAAAUGGAGGUUCAUGUCUCCACAUGAGCGUCAGGGGAAUGAAAAGCCUCUACUCACCUGAUGAAUUUGUUACUGGAAUCAAAUAGCUGAAAUUUUUCAAGGAAGUAGAACUUCUUUUUCAUAGGUGCUGAGAGCAUUCACGUACAAGACAGUUGCCCCUGAGUACGAGUAUACGUCAUCUAAACCAGUGGUUCUCAGCCUCAGUUGUACUUUGGAGUAAUGUGUGUUUGAGAAAGAUUGAUGCUUGGGUUUCAUACCCUACAAUCAAGGUGGUGUGGGUUAUGAUAGGAAACAGAAUUCAAAGGGACAAAAAUUUCCCAGUGUUUUUGAUAGGCUACAUGGGCUGAGAACCACUGAUUAGCAUUCACCCUAAAUUUUCUCAUCUGCAAAACAUCAAAAAAAUUUUUUUUUAAUUCUUGCUCCCUUUUUUACUACCUCACAAUGAUAUUAAAAAUAAAGAAAACAAUGGGAAAGUGCUUGUGUUGUGGAAUUAAAAAGUGCUACUGAGAGACAGGGUAGUGGUAUAUGUUAUAUUUCAACUGAAAUUAUGGUGAGGAAAAAGUGUAUCAUUGAAUUUGCUUUGUUGGCUUGGGACAUUGGGAGCAUUCUCUCUGAUUAACGAAGCAUGCAGAUGUGUAAGCAAACAUUACUAUCAGUCAUACGCAUACAUACUACAGUCUUCUGUUAUACUUGAGGUAGUCUGUUUUAAUUAUCUGAUUUUACAUAGGAAAGAAAUAUUAAGGCUUAAAGUCUGUAAUCGUCAGUGGCUCAUAGUUCAUUAAAACUUUUCCUACAAAGAAUUCUGUAGUUAAUAUCAUUUUAUGGUUGCCAUUUUCUUAUCAUUUUUACUGUUAGCCAUUGAUGUUGUCCUCUUCAUUCUUACUCCUGUAAAUCAAGAUUGAGAUUUGAUAAAGCGCCAGGCUGGCGACACCUGCUGAUCUGUGUGAGCACACCUUGCAUGUGUGAGGUCCUAGGUUGGAUCCCUGCCACCAAGAAAGAAAGCCUAGAUUUCAUACAGCAUCUAAACCUAGUAGGUCUUCCCAAUUGAGUUUUUAAAGACACAGUCAAUGACUUGUCUUUUAGAUAUACUUUAUCCUUAGAGUUUCAAACAUAAGCGAC